AUGUCUCCGCCGCAUUAUUCAUUCCGCAUUGGCAGAGUUAUCAAUGCACGAAGCUUUGCCGCACCAAGCAUGUUUGGUUCUACCCCGGAAUACGCGCCUGGGGAAUCCAAGGAUGAGGGCGACAAGUUGCCGCUUCACAGCCUCGGCAGGCUGCUGUCUGGUGCUGUCUGGAACUGUGGGCUCGUUGCUCCCCCCGCUCCUCACCCUCGUGUCAAUGUGAAUCUCUGCUUCCUGAGGGGGGCCUGCUUGUCCAGCGUCGAUGCUGUGCUCACCCGGGCCCAGUCCCCGCGAACCUUAACCCCCCGGGCGUCCUUCAUUCUACGUCGACACACCCAUGGAAACCUGAACGAUGCGUAA